AUGAAUCAAAUGAUAAUAACAAUUAUUACAGGAUUAGUACAAAACAAGAUCUUACUCCAAUCAAACAUAGUCUAAAUACACUAAUUUGCAACAGUUCUACAAAAGAUUAUUAAAACCAAGAAGCAAUUUCUAAAGUUGAAGCUUAAAAUAUAAGCAAAUAGAUAGUUUAAAGUAAUAAUGGUCUUUAAAACAACUAACACUAUUAACUACCUCAGAUAAAUUAAAUAAAUAAAAAUAUUUAAAAUUCAAGGAUAAUUAAUUCAAACAUAAAUAUGUCUGGCUUUUAAAACUUAAAAAAUUAACAUGAAAUUAACCAAAUAGAAUAACCUUUUAAAAAUUAAGUCACAAGAAGAAAAUUUGUUUCUGUUUUCAAUAAAAUACAUAAUCAGAACCAGAAUAGUUAAAAAUUUAAUGAUACUUAGAACCAUUCAAAUAGCAAAUCAGUUACUCAAUCAAUUUAAAAUACUAAAUCCUAUAUAAUAAAUUAACCUGAGAGUGAUGUCAAAAAUAUCUAUAAAUAAAUAAAUCUCAAUAAAAACAGUGAUAAUUUUUGUUAAUAAAACUCUAAGAUAAUUUUCUAAAAAAUGA